ACAUACGUAGCUAGAUGGAUAAGAUUAACUCGACUGGAGUGGGCCUUUCACAACCGACGCUAAAACCGCCUUCAACCGAAAGGCUCAGUUUUCAACCACCGUUCCAUAGUCUCUAAUGUACCUACCCUGGCAGUAAGGUACGUAGCAAGAUCAAGGCUGGAUGGAGGAUGUUAAUACCUGACGGCCAUGAUCCCGCUACGUGCACUGUUCCCUUUCGGGGCCGCGUCCCUUGCUGCCAGCCAGGUGCAAAUGCUAUGGAGGGGGCCAGCAUGCCGUCGAUUGCAGGGGCAACACAAGGCGUCAACUCAUCAGUUUACUCUGUUAAAUCUCUCUGUCUUGCAAGUAAAUGCCACAAGUGAACUCGCAGGCUCUUCUUGUGUUUGUUUCCAAACUCUCUCUCUCUCUCUCUCUCUAUCUUUUCACAAUAUGAUGAUCAGGCACCUAAUAUUGUUCCUUCUCGCUGCGUUGUUUCCACAAGCACUCGCGGAUGUGGAGUUUAUGAUUCCACAACCCGGUGCCAUCCUACGAAUCGGGGACGUUCUUACGGCCCAGUGGAGGGAAUCAAGCAGGCAUCCCCUGAUCUCUGACCUCCUAUACUAUGAUCUCUAUCUCUGCGCCGGCGGGCAGGUAGCGGGCACUUAUGAAGAUGUAGCUCUGCUUUCGAGAGGUAACCUCUUUGCGAGGGGUAACUCACUAUCCUUCACGCUCGACCGCAGCAUAAGGGACAAUGCUUUUUAAAAAUGGUCUCUUGGGGCGCGGGUGCCUCCGUCAUUAAUGUUUCUGGACAGUUCACUAUCACUAAUAUGACCAGUCCUGUCU